UCAGAAGCCGCAGUCGCAAUUCGUUGGAAUAACCAGUCGCAGUGGCACUCGAGCGAGAGGGUAGUCGCACGCGUUUUCUUCUUGUUAAACAACAAAAUACACCAUUUAAUAAAAUAAUAUUACUUUAUUGUUUAAAAAGUAUCGCGCAAUAAAUAGCAAACCGUUUAAUAAAAACAAAAAAAAAACAUAUUAUUAUUUUAUAAAGAAAUAUAAAACAAAAAAGCCAGUGAUUUAAAAUUUUCAACGAUAAUAAUAAUAAUAAUAUUUAUAAAUAUAUAUAUAUAUUUGUUGAAGACAAUAAUACACUUGUGUUUUUGUGUGUUAUUUAUAAAUUUUCAAACGACGAAAAAAAGAAAAAAAAAAUAAUUUUAUUUUCAUUAUUAUUUUUUAAUUCCUUUGUGAAAUUAAAGAAAAAUUUUUUUAAUAUAAUUUUAUAUAUAUAUAUUGAUUGAAUUGAUAUUUUACGUGUUAAACGGAUUAAUUUGAUAAAUAAUUAUAUUUAUUUAAACGACAAAAUGCCAGCAAGUAUAUUCGGUGAUAUGGAUCAACGUGGUAUUAGCAAUAAUGUUGCUAUUGAAGAACAACGUGCACUUGCACUUGCAUUUGAAUUAUCAAUGUUAGGUAUUGAUAAUUCAUCAUCAUGUGGAAUGAAUGGUGGUAAUGGUCAUAAUAAUAUUAAUGUUAAUGAUCCAAAUGAUCCACUUCAAUCAUCACCAUCAAGCGUCUUUGAAGAAGCAAGAUCCAAGAAAAGCCAAAAUAUGACUGAAUGUGUUCCAGUUCCAAGCAGUGAACACGUGGCUGAAAUUGUUGGAAGACAAGGAUGUAAAAUCAAGGCUCUUCGUGCAAAAACAAAUACUUAUAUUAAAACACCAGUACGUGGUGAAGAGCCAGUAUUUGUUGUAACAGGAAGAAAAGAAGAUGUUGCCCGUGCAAAACGUGAAAUAUUAUCAGCUGCUGAACAUUUUUCACAAAUUCGUGCAUCACGUAAAAGUUCACUUGGUGCAUUACUUGGUACACCACCAGGUCCACCAGCAUCAGUACCUGGACAUGUUACAAUUCAAGUACGUGUACCAUACAGAGUUGUUGGUCUUGUUGUUGGUCCAAAAGGUGCAACAAUUAAAAGAAUUCAACAUCAAACACAUACAUAUAUUGUAACACCAUCACGUGAUAAGGAGCCAGUAUUUGAAGUUACUGGUUUACCAGAAAGUGUUGAAGCAGCAAGACGUGAAAUUGAAGCACAUAUUGCAUUAAGAACUGGUUCAACAUCAAGUCCAGGUUCUGAAGAUGUUGAUUUACUUGGUGCAUUAUGUCGUGGUGGUUUAGGUUCAAUUCUUGGUGGUCUUGAACCACCAGGUUCAAAUGGAUCAAAUGGCUCAAGCAGUGGUGCAUUUUCAAGCAGUGGUAGUUGUAGCAGUUCAUCAAGCAGUUCUGGUGCACCUGGUCUUGAUCUUGUUGCAAUAUGGGGAGCUGGUCUUGAACGUGAUGAAGGACUUGGUGAAUCACCAUCAUUUGAAUCACAAACAGCAUCAUCAUCAUCAAUAUGGUCAUUUCCAAGUGUAACAUUACCAUCAAGACCAUCACCACCAGCAUCAGCAAGUCCAGCAAGUCCAACUGAUUCAUUACUUGGUACUGGUAGUGCUGGUGGUCGUCGUGAAUGCAUUGUUUGUGGUGAUAAAGAAAUUACAACUGCUCUUGUUCCAUGUGGUCAUAAUCUAUUUUGCAUGGAUUGUGGUACACAUGUUUGCGAUAGUAAUGAUCCAAUGUGUCCAGUUUGUUCAAGACCUGUACUUCAGGCUAUUAGAAUUCUUUCAUAAACUGCUGCUCGUUAUUCAAAUUAAUUAUUCAAUAAUACAUGACAGAGUGUGUGUACUCCAAUUUUUUUUUUUUUUUACAUUUUUUUUUUAAAUUUUUAAAUUUUUCAUUCAUUCAUUCAAAUAAUACACUUUUAGAAGAAGAAGAAGAGAGAAGACAUAUUUUUUUUAAUUAAUUUUUUUUAUUUUUUAUUUUGAGUGAAUGAUAUUAAAGUGAAAAGUGUGUUGAAGAGAAAAAAAAAAGAAAAAUUUUAAAAUUCAAAAAAAAAGAAAAAACAAACAUCAACAUAAUAAACAAAUAAACAACAUAGAAAAAAAAAAAAAAAAUUGGACAUAAAAGAGGACAACGUCAAGGAGGAGGAAGAGGUCAAGUUAAACUUUUCAAAAAAUAAAAAAAAAUUUACAACUUGUACAAUUGAAGAUGAUAUUGUGCUGAAGAAGGCUUGUGUUGACAUCUUGAAUGAGAUAGACAUAAUAUCUCCAACAACAUCAAAAUUUCAAGAUUUAAAAUUAAAAAAAAAAAAUUAAUCUGUUAAAAUGACAAUUAGUAAUUAGUGUGACGUGUUAUAUUGGAUGAUUGACUUCGAGGGACCCGAGUGACAGUGAGAACGCACACAACUGGAUUAUUCUACAGCUGCUGCCAACAUAAUUAACAUAAUAAUAAUCAAGAAAAUUAGAUUCAAUAGAUUAUCAAUCCCCUUCGUCCCCUUUUCCCCCUUCAAUAAUAUAUAUUUAUUAUUUUAAUUUUAUAAUUUUAUUAUAUUUAAAUGCGUUCUUCUGCUCGCUUAAUAUCCUUGAAUCAACCACCAAAUACAACGAAAAAAAAUAAUGCUGUGUGCAUUAGAGAGUAUUGAAUUCUCUCUUUUGCUUUGAAAACAAAAAAGUAAUAAUAGAUAUUGGAGUAUGAAUAGAGAUAUAAAUUAUUUUAACCAUCAUUUUAUUGAUAUAAAUAAUAUAUAAAUUAAGACGCGCAUGCACAAUAAUUAUGUGUUGAAAUAUUGUAACAAUUGAAUGAUAAAAAUUAUUAUGCGUAGAAAAAAAAAAAAAAAAUUGUAUAAAAAAUAUUGUGUGUUGACGUUAGAAGAAAAAAAAAAAAAAAACAUGCGUGCCAUUUGUCAACCCGUUGAGAUACUAAAAAUUUUUUUAAAAUUUAAAAAUUAUUUAAAAAAUUUAUAUUCAUAUUAUAUUUAAACAGACAUAAAUAAAUAUAUAAAUUAAUUUAAAAAAAAGAGAAAGAUAAAAACUAUUGAAAUUGAGGUUUAACAACAGAUUUGUUAUAAUGAUUGAACCGCAACCCCGCGUGUAUUAAAUUUAUAGAUAAGUUGAUGGUAUAAUAAAAAAUAAUAAUUAUUAAAAAAUUGUGAAAAUAUGUAUAGCUCAAGUGGCGUACUUUCUUCCAAUCGCCAUCGCUCAUUUUGAGUAUUAUCUUUCCCUUUAUAUAAGCAACAUAGCAAUUGAAAUAAUUUAAUAUAUAUUAUAUAUAUAUAUUUAAAAAAAAAUAUAUAUAAACAUAAAUAUAAUUACAUAUUUAUGUGUAUAUAUAUAUAAAUUAAUAUGUAUCAUAUUUUAUCAAAAAAAAAAAAUUUAGAUUUUGUAUUUUCGCGCAUUCGCCAACUGUAGAGUUGACAAGUGUUCGACUUUUCUUAAAAAUUAAAUAUAUAUAUAUAUAUAUGAAUAUUAAAGUAUAUAUAUAGAAAAAAAAAGUUUUAAAAAUGAAAAAAAAUAAUAAAAAUA